AUGGCGGACGAGAGUCGCUGCGGCGGGAACACUGUUGCGAUCUGCGUGCGUACACUUUCCGGUGAAUCGACGAUCGUUAAGGUUUCUUCGAACGGGACGAUUCAUGAACUCAAGAUAGCCCUAAAAUCCUCUUUCCCUCCCGCUUCUUCCUCUCCCAAUUUUCAUCUGUACUUCAAGGGUACGAAACUGAGUUUGAACAGUAGAGUGGCUGCUGCUGCCAUUAAUGGCGGCGAAUUCUUGGUUCUGGUUCCUUUUGUUAAGAAGGAACGUCCACAGACCCCAAAAACUGAUUUACCAGAGCCUUCCUUGAGUUCAAGCUUCUCAGAUUCCACGUAUUCUGCAAUGAUUCGACAAUCUUCAUCCUCCAGAGCUGGAAACGCUAAAAUAGCUGAGAAUCAUUCUGUUGGGGUGAAACGAAAACGGGAUCAAGAAACGUGUCCAGAUGAAUUCCUGAGAGGUGUUUUGGAGUCUGAUUGUAGAGAUGCGUUUAAGGGUCAGAACACAGAGAAGCUUACCGAGGUUUUAAAGUCUAGGAAUUGCUUGACAUCUCCAGGUUUUGCAAAGUGCUUGAUGUCGAGGGAAACAAGUAGCUAUUCCUGUUCUUGUCCGGAUUGGUUGAAAUUGUCUAUGGAGACAUUCAGUUUUUUGAACCUCUUUUCAUCUCUUAUUGAGUACCGUGGAGAAAAACUAUUCUUUACCCGCUUGGAGGAAUCGCUUGCCCGGUUAGCAACUUCUGGAGUCCGUGCCAGUAUAGAGGACGUGAAGAAUCUUUCAAUCAUAUGCCCCAAGGUAGUAAAGGUUAUCACUGAUGACUUUGAGUCUGUGAAAUAUGAGAAUGCUAUAGUUAUAGCUGAUUUUCUGGAGACAGAUGGAGGUGGAAAAUAUGAAAAACCAGGUCUGAAAAAACCUCCACUUGCAAAGGUCUUUAGCUCUAUGAAAAAGCGGGAGACUUCUUUUAAGGCUGAAUUGUGGGAGUCCAUCAAAUCAAUACUGUUAAAAAAUCGAUGUAAGAAGGGGAUAGAUGUUUCCUUGGAGGACAUGCUUAUCUUCGCCAGGGAAGGUAAAGGUGUUGGUGGAAAUGAAGCUGAACAAGCUCGACAAGACAGGUUUCCUCGCUCUGGCUCUCGUGCAUCCCGGUCUUUGUGUCAUGACACAAACUCAUUGCUUCCGGUGGAGAUGGUUGAACAUCUCAGGAAUGGUUUUGGAUCUAAAGGACAGAUAGUUCACGUUGAAAAUAUAAAAGCUAGAAAAGCUGUCUACGUCGAAAUACCAGAUGAGCUCUCAGAAAUCACCAAGUCUGCCUUGAAACGAAUUGGAAUCAGUACAUUAUACAGCCAUCAGGCCGAAUCAAUUUCAGCAGCCUUGUCUAGGAAGAAUGUUGUCAUUGCAACCAUGACUUCCAGCGGAAAAUCUCUUUGCUAUAACGUGCCAGUCUUUGAGGAAUUGACCAAAGAUACAAAUGCUUGUGCCCUGUACUUAUUUCCGACCAAGGCCUUGGCGCAGGAUCAGUUUAGAGCGUUGUCUGAUUUAAUAAAGGGAUAUGAAGCUAGCAUACAUAUGGGGGUGUAUGAUGGUGAUACUCCUCAGAAGGACAGAACAAGGCUGAGGAAUCACGGUAGACUGCUGAUCACAAAUCCUGAUAUGUUACAUAUGUCAAUCUUGCCUCCUCAUGGACAAUUCAGCCGGAUUUUAUCAAACCUUAGGUACAUUGUAAUUGAUGAAGCCCAUACUUACAAGGGAGCAUUUGGCUGUCACACAGCCCUUAUUUUGAGAAGACUACGCCGCAUCUGCUCUCACGUAUAUGGCGCCAAUCCCUCAUUCAUAUUUUGUACUGCAACUUCUGCCAAUCCUCGAGAGCAUUGCAUGGAGCUUGCAAACCUAAAUGAGCUCGAGCUGAUAGAAAAUGAUGGAAGUCCUUCCUCUGAAAAGCUUUUUGUCCUGUGGAAUCCCACAAUCUUCCCCAAAAAUAAAUCUGAAGAUGAUUCGAAAGUCAUGAGUUCUAAUGGAGAUGCUGCAGAUAAACCAUUAAGGGAUAUUUCGAAAGUCAUGAGUACUAAUGGAGUUGCUGCAGAUAAAUCAUCAAGCCCGCUUUCUGAAGUUUCACACCUUUUCGCAGAGAUGGUUCAACAUGGCCUACGUUGCAUAGCUUUCUGUCGGUCUCGCAAAUUGUGUGAACUUGUUCUGUGUUUCACGCGUGAAAUUCUUGCUAAGACUGCUCCUCACCGGGUUGACGCCAUAUCUUCAUAUCGUGGAGGUUACAUUGCCGAGGAUCGGAGGAAAAUAGAGGGUGACUUAUUCGGUGGAAAGCUUUGUGGUAUUGCUGCAACAAACGCACUUGAGUUGGGGGUUGACGUCGGUCACAUUGACGUAACGUUGCAUUUAGGUUUUCCAGGCAGUAUUGCCAGUCUUUGGCAGCAAGCGGGUCGGUCCGGAAGACGAGGAAGGCCCUCUCUUGCGGUAUAUGUUGCCUUUGAAGGUCCCCUUGACCAAUACUUCAUGAAAUUCCCGGACAAGCUCUUCCGUAGCCCAAUCGAGUGUUGCCAUACUGAUUCUCAAAAUCAACAUGUCCUUGAGCAGCAUGCGGCUUGUGCUGCUCUUGAGCACCCAUUGAGUUUGCAGUACGACGGAAAAUACUUUGGUUCUGGCCUAAGCAACACCGUUGAAUUGCUCAAGAAGAGAGGAGUGUUAAGUUUUGAUCCAUCCCGUGAUUCUUCUGCUAGAAUAUGGAACUACAUUGGUCGAGAGAAAAAGCCUACUCAGAGAGUCUCUAUCCGGGCCAUAGAGACGGAAAGAUACAGAGCCAUGGAAGAAAGAAGUGACAAUGUCCUAGAAGAAAUAGAGGAGAGCAAAGCCUUUUUCCAGGUCUAUGAAGGAGCGAUUUAUAUGAACCAAGGAAGGAACUAUCUGGUCACGAGUUUGGAUACAAAACAAAAGAUAGCUUUGUGUAAACUAGCAAACGUGGAUUACUACACCCGGCCUCGGGAUUUCACUAGUAUCCAUGUCAACGGUGAUAAAACUGCUUACGGAUUGAAGGCUCCAAAGAAUCAACUUGAACAGACAACAGCACAAGCUCAUGCCUGUACGGUGACGACAACGUGGUUUGGGUUUUUACGUAUCCGGAAACGAACCAAUGAAGCAUAUGAUGAAGCUGAUCUCUCACUCCCAAGUUACUCUUACCAAUCACAGGCUGUUUGGAUUCAAGUCCCCGAGUCAGUAAAAUCAGCAGUGGAGAACUUCCGUGCUGGUUUACACGCCGCUUGUCACGCUCUUCUCCAUGUUGUUCCACUAUUCGUGCGUUGCAACUAUUCCGACUUAGCUCCGGAAUGUGCAAGUUCGAGUGAAACGGGUUAUUUUCCAGCAAGAAUCUUACUAUACGAUCGUCAUCCUGGAGGAACCGGCAUAUCCGCCCAGAUUCGUCCUUUCUUCACUGAGCUUCUAAAAAGUUCUCUGGAUCUCUUAACGUCUUGCUGCUGCACAUCAGCUGAAACUGGUUGCCCCAGUUGCGUUCAGAAUUUUUCUUGCCACAAUGAUCUCAUACAUAAGGAAGCAGCCAUCAUGAUCAUUAAGGGCGUUUUGGAAGCGGAAAAAUCAUAUUUUUCAAGAUGA